AUGGCCUCCUCCUCGAAGUCCCCGAGCUUCUUGCUCUACUCGUGCAUCGCCCACCGAACCACUAUCCUAGCCGAGCACUCUUCCCCAGGAACCUCCUCUACCGCCGCAUCCUCCCUCGCCUCCAUCAUCCUCCCAAAGAUCUCCCACGACAAGUCCCAGAAGUUAACCUAUACCCAUGAACGGCUCUUCGUGCAUUACAUCGCCGACUCGCCCUCCGGUGGCGCAGUCGACGACCAAAACGGCCGCACAGAGCCCACCUCAUACGCACCCCUAAGCUUCAUCGUCGUAGCAUCCGCCGAACAAGGCCGCCGUAUCCCCUUCGCCUACCUCCUAGAAAUGAAGCGCAAGUUCCUGACCACCUACCCACCCUCGAGCACGGAUUACUCCUCCCUCCCAGCCUACGGCUGCGCAGCAUUCAACACCGAGCUCCGCUCCCUGCUGCAUACAUACAAUACCUCCCCGCCAGCAGACUCACUCGCCUCGGCGCGUCGUGAGAUCGACAGCGUCCGCGACAUUAUGACCGAGAAUAUUGAGCGGGUGCUCGAGCGCGGAGAGCGGAUUGAUUUGUUGGUUGAUAAGACGGAUCGACUUGGUGGGAGCGCGCAUGAUUUCCGUAUUCGCAGCCGUGGCUUGCGGCGGCGGAUGUGGUGGAAGAAUGUUAAGUUGAUGGUUUUGCUGGGUUUCGUGAUUGUUUUCCUGCUUUACCUUUUCGUCGGUAUGGGUUGUGGGCUUCCGGCGUGGGGGAAGUGCGUUGGUCAUUCCCAGUGA